UCUUCCUACUUCAUUUUUCUUCCAAAAUUGCUGCUGGUGGGUGAAAAAAAAUGCCGCAGCUGAACGGCGGUGGAGGAGAUGACCUAGGCGCCAACGACGAACUGAUUUCCUUCAAAGACGAGGGCGAGCAGGAGGAGAAGAGCUCCGAAAACUCCUCGGCGGAGAGGGAUUUAGCUGAUGUCAAAUCGUCUCUAGUCAAUGAAUCAGAAACGAAUCAAAACAGCUCCUCCGAUUCCGAGGCGGAAAGACGGCCUCCGCCUCGCUCCGAAAGUUUCCGAGAUAAAUCCCGGGAAAGUUUGGAAGAAGCGGCCAAGAGGCAAGAUGGAGGGCUCUUUAAGGGGCCACCGUAUCCCGGCUACCCCUUCAUCAUGAUCCCCGACCUGACGAGCCCCUACCUCCCCAACGGAUCGCUCUCGCCCACCGCCCGAACUCUCCAUUUUCAGUCCGGGAGCACACAUUACUCUGCGUACAAAACGAUUGAACACCAGAUUGCAAUUCAGUAUCUUCAGAUGAAAUGGCCACUGCUUGAUGUCCAGGCGGGGACCCUCCAGAGCAGACAAGCCCUCAAGGAUGCUCGCUCUCCGUCGCCAGCCCACAUCGUUUCGAACAAAGUGCCGGUUGUGCAGCACCCGCAUCAUGUCCACCCUCUCACGCCUCUUAUCACAUACAGCAAUGAACACUUCACGCCGGGAAACCCACCUCCACACUUACCAGCUGACGUAGACCCCAAAACAGGAAUCCCACGGCCUCCGCACCCUCCAGAUAUAUCUCCGUACUACCCGCUGUCACCUGGCACCGUAGGACAAAUCCCCCAUCCGCUAGGAUGGUUAGUACCACAGCAAGGUCAGCCAGUGUACCCCAUCACGACAGGAGGAUUCCGUCACCCCUACCCCACAGCUCUGACUGUCAACGCUUCCAUGUCCAGGUUCCCUCCCCAUAUGGUCCCACCACAUCACACUCUGCACACGACUGGCAUUCCCCACCCGGCCAUAGUCACGCCGACAGUCAAACAGGAGUCCUCGCAGAGUGACGUCGGCUCACUCCACAGCGCAAAGCAUCAGGACUCCAAAAAGGAAGAAGAAAAGAAGAAGCCCCACAUAAAGAAACCUCUUAAUGCAUUCAUGUUGUAUAUGAAGGAAAUGAGAGCAAAGGUUGUAGCCGAGUGCACGUUGAAAGAAAGUGCAGCCAUCAACCAGAUCCUGGGCCGGAGGUGGCACGCGCUGUCCAGAGAAGAGCAAGCAAAGUACUACGAGCUGGCCCGGAAGGAGCGACAGCUUCACAUGCAGCUGUACCCCGGCUGGUCCGCACGGGAUAACUAUGGGAAAAAGAAGAAGAGGAAAAGGGACAAGCAGCCCGGGGAGACCAAUGAACACAGCGAAUGUUUCCUAAAUCCUUGCCUUUCACUUCCUCCGAUUACAGACCUGAGCGCUCCUAAGAAAUGCCGAGCGCGCUUUGGCCUUGAUCAACAGAAUAACUGGUGCGGCCCUUGCAGGAGAAAAAAAAAGUGCGUUCGCUACAUACAAGGUGAAGGCAGCUGCCUCAGUCCACCCUCUUCAGAUGGAAGCUUACUAGACUCGCCUCCUUCCUCCCCCAACCUGCUAGGCUCCCCCCCCCAGGACGCCAAGUCACAGACUGAGCAGACCCAGCCUCUCUCGCUGUCCCUGAAGCCCGACCCCCUGGCCCACCUGUCCAUGAUGCCUCCGCCGCCCGCCCUCCUGCUUGCCGAGGCCGCCCACGGCAAGGCCCCCGCCCUCUGUGCCAACGGGGCCCUGGACCUGCCCCCCGCCGCUCUGCAGCCGCCUGCCAUCCCCCCCGCAUCUCUGGCACAGCCGUCGACAUCUUCCUUACAUUCCCACGGCGCUCUGGCCGGGACCCAGCCCCAGCCGCUGUCCCUCGUCACCAAGUCUUUAGAAUAGCUUUACCCUCCUCAGCCCCGGGUGCUCUGUGGAGUGUUUUCCUCUCGCUUUUUCUUUAUUUUCGGUUCCGCCCCGCCCCCACCCUCCUGCCCGGUUUUCGUGUUGUCCUCUUCCGUUUGUGCCACGUGGCUACAUUAGUUAAUGUUUAUCGAGUUCAUUGGUCAAUAUUUGACCCAUUCUUAUUUCAAUUUCUCCUUUUAAAUAUGUAGAUGAGAGAAGAACCUCAUGAUUCUACCAAAAUUUUUAUCAACAGCUGUUUAAAGUCUUUGUAGCGUUUAAAAAAUAUAUAUAUAUACAUAACUGUUAUGUAGUUCGAAUAGCUUAGUUUUAAAAGACUGAUUAAAAAACAAAAAGAAAAAAAAAAGCAAUUUUGAAGCAGCCCUCCAAAAGGAGUUGGUUCUGUAUUAUUUGUAUUAAAUACGAGCUUGCGAACCAAUCAUUUUACAUCUGGUUUUUAAACCAUAAGGGCACAAGGAAUGCAGUGCCAUUUACUUUUUUUUUUUUUUCUGUGUGAAACAACUUUUAUUGUGAUGUUACUUGUUAUUGUUUAAAUGUACAGAAACAAAGGGUUAAAAUGUGUUAAUAUACCUUGUUCCAUGGUGGUGUUCUUUUGGGGGGAGGGGGUUGCUAUUCAACAAUUAAUGGAAUCACAUUGCUGUUGGACCAGUAGUAUUUAUUGCUUUAGAGAUUGCUCGUCGAACCUGUACGUUGUCCCUUUUAAAAUAUGUUUUCCUUUUUCUUGAAACUGUAUAAAGUUUUUUUCCCCUUAGCAUAAGCAUCUUAUAUAUAACAACUCAUUUGUACAAGGUUUUUAAGUUUAUAUAUAAAAUGUGUAUAUAUAUAUUUUUUUGUUUCCCUUUUGGACUUUUUUUUUUUUUUUUUUUUUUUGCCGUAUGAAACCCA